AAUACAAACGUCGACAAUCUUUCUUGAUAAACUUAAACUAUACGGCAACUUAGAAUAAAUUCAUAUUUACGUGAAACAACACUUGUUUACGGUGUCCAUAUCACUUCAACUGAAGGUGAAGUAAGUAAUUUUCCUUUAAAGAUCGUAUAUUAAUACUAGCAUUUGUUUAUUCCUGUAAAAUCGACUAAUUACAGGAACGUGAUUGCCCUUUUUCAUAUUCAACCUUCUUUGUUUAUUUGAUUUUAUUCACUUAAUUUCUAAAUUAGCUUCAUCGAUCUUUUAUGAAAGAUAAAUCUAAAGACGUUAUGCUUGCGAAUUGACAACAUAAAUUGAAAUUAUAAACAUUUUGUGUUUAUUAGUCGAUUAGUGCUUGCCUGUCAGGCAGCCAUCUUGAAAACGUCUCUCUUCGUGGAAUACUUUUUCACUAAAUACAGCUAUAUAAAACUUACUUUUUUCAAAACUUUUGGUUUACUUUUAUCAAAUAAUGAAAUAUUAAACAUUAGAAAUUACUAUUCUUUGGAUUCAUUAGAAAAUAACUUUAAAGAAAGCCGUUGGAGAUGGCCGAGUUUAGCAGCGGCAAUGACAUACCUGAUAUUAUGGUUUUUAGGCCUACAAUGGAGGAGUUUAAAGACUUUUCAAAGUAUAUAAACUAUAUUGAGAGUCAAGGAGCGCAUAAAAUCGGAUUAGCAAAGGUAAUACCGCCAAAAGAAUGGAAACCAAGGAGAAGUAACUACGACGAUAUUAUGUCAAUGCGCAUUCCAGCUCCUAUUGAGCAAUACGUUACUGGUAAAGGAGGCUAUUACAAACAAAUUAAUAUUCAACACAAAGGCAUAACAGUAGCCAACUACAAAAAACUAGCGGAAGAUAACAGACAUAAAACCCCGAGGCAUGAGGAUUUUAAAGAUUUAGAGAGGAAAUAUUGGAAAAAUGUUACGUAUAUUCAACCUAUCUAUGGAGCAGAUGUUUCUGGUUCGCUCUACGAUCAGGAUCAAACUAUAUGGAAUAUUAAUCGUCUUGGAACAAUACUUGAUUUGGUAUGUUCAGAUUACGACGUUAAAAUUGAAGGAGUAAAUACUGCAUAUUUAUAUUUCGGAAUGUGGAAAACUACUUUUGCUUGGCAUACGGAAGAUAUGGAUUUAUAUAGUAUAAAUUAUAUACACUUUGGGGCGCCUAAAAGCUGGUAUGUUGUACCUCCGGAACACGGAAGAAAAGUUGAAAGACUUGCCAGAGACCUUUUUCCGAAUGAAUACCAAGAGUGUCCAGCAUUUUUACGCCAUAAAAUGACAAUUAUCAAGCCCGAUCUUCUGAAGAAGCACGGUAUUCCUUUCAAAAAAAUUACUCAAUUAGAAAAUGAAUUUAUGAUAACAUUUCCGUUUGCUUAUCAUGCUGGUUACAAUCACGGAUUUAAUUGUGCCGAAUCAACAAACUUUGCUUCUCAAAGAUGGAUUGAAUAUGGUAAAAGAUGUUUGUUAUGCAGCUGCAGUUCAGAUAGAGUGCGUAUUAACAUGGAUACAUUCGUCAAGAAAUACCAACCUGAUAAAUACGAACUGUGGAAAGAGGGUAAGGACCUUGGUCCCCACCCUGAAGACGAUUCAAUCAGCGUUAGUGAAAACGCCGCAUUAACCUCGGGUAUUCAUACUCGUAAACGAAAUCCUCCUACUUCGAAUAUCGCAAAAAAGUUACCGUCUAUAAGAAGUACAGCAAAAGAGAAAUUUGCUAUUAUAGGCGCAAAAUACGCUGCUACAAAAGAAAAACGCAAAAUGGACAGUAGCGAAUCAACGAUCUCACCUCCAAAAUUAUCUAAAUUCGAUUCGGAAAUUCCUCAGCUUGCAUUUGAAUCUCCUCCUGAUUUGACGAAUACAAAUAAUUCUCAUCAAACAAAAACCGAAAACAGAUGUGAAGUUAAAAUUGUUCAAGGAGAUAAAACAUCUUUACCUCCACCCAGUCAAAUUUCGAGGUUACCAAAAGUCGAUGAACGCUACAAAUUCCACGUUACACCACCUAGUGUCGCUCCUGCUUCAUUUCCUCAUGACACUGACAAGAUUCCCCAAUUAGAUGGUACAAGGGAUGAGAAUGACGCUCAACCUUCGUCUCAGUCGAAAUUAGCCGCAUCGAAACCAAAAUUAAUGGCCGCUCUUAUGGAUGGAUUCGUUAAUGAUCAGAAACCUUUGAGUUUAGUUCAACCAAAUGUGGUAAACGGUUUGCCCUUAUUGCAAAAUAAUGCUACUCAGACGGGGAAAAUAAUUAAGGAAGAAAAUCAAGAAAUAGUUACGGUUUGUCCGAAAAGUGUAGAUCAAAAACAACUGCAACACUUAUUAGCCAACGGAAAACUAUUAGUUAAAGUACCCGUUUCACAGGUUGCCCAACCGAAACAACAGCCGCCACCGAAUAUCCCGCAAGUGCAAAACAUUUUACCCGUAAAGCGGGUUUUUACUCUUAACAGCUCAGGCAAUGUUAUCGUCACACCACAACCUAAUCUGAUAAUGACUCCUCAAGUCGUCCGACCCAAUGUUAUCGUCUCACAACAGCCUGUGCAACCAGUUCUUGAAAUUAAGCAAGACCCAGUAAAAAGUGAUAGUUUAGCCGAACAGUUGAUGCAAUUGGCAAAAGAUCAUUCUGGCGGAAAGAGAAACGUAACUUUAGUUGUUCAUCCUGUUCAAACCUCAACCACUGCCCUAACUUCAACUGUAAUGACUCAGAAAAGUUCCCCUCAGAAAACAGAAGAAAAUAAGCUAGUCUUUAUUUAUACUCCCAAAUCUUCCUCAGCGACUUCAAGUGUAAAUGCCCCCACUGUGGUAUCCGAUUCCAAAUUAGAGACAGCUACUCUCUUAGCUUCUCUUGCCCAGCAUGCCGCUCAAAAAGAGGCUAUAGGAAAUGCCACAAACGAUCAUGCUAGUAUGGCUUUGGAUCCUAGUCAGCAACCUAAUGACAAUAAAGAUAUUUGUAAGGCUUUAAUGGACCACGUGUCUUCAAAUGCGAAUUCAGUGAAGAAUAGGCAACCCCUCAUUAAGAAGAGAAAAUCGACAGAAUCUGACGUUAGUGAUAAUCUAUCUACUAAUAUAAAAGGAAGAAAGACUUCCAUAAAGAAGAAACGUUCGAGUGGAACUCGAAAGGCAAAUGAUUCAGACAGUUCAAUUCUCAACGGAUCUCUUACUUCGUCCUCUUCAACUUCGAGUUCUCCGAUCUCUGUCAAUUCGUCCGUACCCGAAUGGGCAAAUUAUUACUAUCGCCAUAAUCUUUGGACAUUCCAACCUGGAAAUUUUGACUUAGAAAGAGAUUUUAAUGAACAAAUGUCAUUGAAAGCACCCCACUGUGCCAUUUGUCAAUUAUUCCGCGCUGAAGUUGAUACUGAAUCAGUUUCAUCUGUUCCUGAUCGUGGACAAGUGUUAGUAAAAGAAAGAUUUUGGAGAAAAAAAGGUAGUAUGGAGCGACAUAAAGAUGAUGUUGAGGACAGCUGUUUACUUGUAUGCGACACUUGUCGAGUUUGUGUUCAUGCUUGGUGUUACGGAGCUCCCGAAAGAAAGACUGCAGGCUGGCAAUGUGCAAGAUGUUCAAGACAAGAUCUCAGUGCUGAAUGUUGCGCCUGUCCUUUGAGGGGUGGAGCUCUGCAGUUGACGACCCAAGGUUGUUGGUGUCAUUCUAUAUGUGCGCUUGCUUUGCCAGACGUCCGAUUUACUGAGCCAUCCUACCGCAAAGUCAUCGAUUAUACUUAUGUGACUAAUGCUCGCAAAAAACUCCGUUGUCAAUAUUGCAGUGCCGUCAACAAAAAUUGCAUCUCAGAACUUACUGGUGGAGCUUGUGUGCAAUGCACAGCUGGAAGAUGUAUUACUGCCUUCCACGUCUCAUGCGCUCUAGCAGCCAACGUACCAUUUACAAGGAGAGAAGUCCCCUACCCAGUCUAUGCAGUUUGUGCCAGACAUAGAGGUCAACGUCCUCGGGAUAAACGUCAACCCACCCUUUUAUCAACGAUUGUCGAUGGUACUUUGGUUAUUGCAAAACAUAAAAAUUCCAGAUUUUACAGAGGAAAGGUUGUUAGUUCAAAGCUAAUAACCUUUUAUGUUUGUAAUUUCGACGAUGGGACCAAAUCUAAUAAUUUGUACAGGGAAGAUUUCAUUGAACCUGAUCUACAAGAUAAUCAGAAUCCUGAGAGAGGGGAGAGAGUUAAAGUCAAAUGGACAGAUGGUCGAGUAUACGGCGGAACUUUUGAUGGCAUUAAUAUGCACUAUGUUUAUCAGAUUGAAUUCGAAGACGGUUCAGAAAGAACAGUGAAGAGAUCUGAUAUUUAUAUUGAGGGUGAAGAAUUACCAAAGAGAGUUAAAGCAAAAUACUCUGUAGCUACAGAUUCCAGAGUGAAACAAUCUCAGAAUGUAAACAAUUCUGCAAAAGAAGGGCGAAGGAAAACAUCAAAUCGAUUUGAUUCUGACAGUGAUUUUGUCUAUAAAAUUAAAUAAGCAGAUUAUUUGACUUGAAGAAGAUCGUGCAGUUUUUUUUCUACAAGUGCUUAUUUUUCCACAAUUUUUAACUCUAACUCAUAAUUUAUUUCAAUCAUUAGAUAUCUUGUUUUUUCUCUCUCCCUCUCAAAGAAGUAGCGAAUAUGAUCCGAAUUUCUUAAGAUUAAAUUAUCAUAAUUUUAGCUUGAUGGAUUUUAUUCGCAAUCGUCUCUUAUUCCAUUUUGUGAAGACAUUGAAUUGAUAUAUAUAUAUAUAUAUAUAUAUAUAUAUUACAUAAAAAGAUAUAUAUAUAUGUUACAUACAUUUAAAAAUGACACAAUUGUUUUGUUGUUUAUUAUUAGAGAUAAAAUUCAAGACCGUUAUUGAAUUCCUAGAAGUUUGGAUUAUCAAUGAAUGUAAAUUAUUAUGCAUCAAUUGUUCUUUUCCUCUUUUUUUUUUACCAAACUACUGUGCUAAAGUAUUUAACGUCCAGGUUUAUUUCUGUUUUUUUACGAAUAAACCGAGAGUAGAUAAUUUAAAAGCCUGAUAACGAAAAA